AUGUUCUUCCGUAUCGUUGCGAUGCUCCAGCACCCACUUACCUCAGACGGACCAAGGCGCCCAAGUCUCAAACGAGGCAAGAGCGUAGGCGGGCACUUUGGCUUGCAUGAUGAAGAGUCGAAGAAGCUCAAGAACAUGCUGAGCGCAUGGGGGAUAGCGUGGAUCCAGGCGGAGGCUGAACUCGCUGUGCUCAACAGAGUCGGAAAGAUAGAUGCGGUUCUCUCUGAUGAUGCGGACGCUUUCAUAUUUGGCGCACGGGUUGUCAUUCGCAACAAGGCGGCGGGAGGUCCUCAGGCGUCAUCUAAGGAUGCGCACGCAAGAGAAUACGUGUUGUUCCGCUUUGACGACAUAGCAAAACGUAUGAUCUCCGAGGAUUCAGCGCUGCAAACCCACGAGGACUGCCAUCUGGCGAUGGUACUCGUGGCGCUCCUCGCCGGAGGGGAUUACGAGCCGCAGGGAAUCGCCGCGAUCGCCGGACACACCAGGGCGCUCGUGCACUACCUAGCCGACACUGACCGGUUCGCGCAACGGCUGAGGACAUGGCGCGAACAACUAGUGGAAGAGUUGCAGUACGACCUUUCCGGUCACGUGGGGAGGAAGCACAAGGUGCUAGCUGAGAGGCUGUCCGCGAUCGACGAGGAAACGCUUCUGGGCCAGCUACCUCUAGAGGCGUACCUGCGACCGGUUGUUACCCCUCCGAUGGAACGAGAGCAACAUUGGCGGCCCCUGACCAUCUCAGAGGCAGUGAAUUUCGGGCGGGGAACACUGGCGGGAGCUGCCGAGGUCUGCGAACGCUAUUUUGAAUGGGGACAGCCAGACCUCGUCGUGAGGAGGUUUGCUGCGAAGAAUUCCGUGUUCUCCGCUGCGAUUGUAUCGUCUGCCCUCAAGUCUGAGACGCUUUCCGAGUCCGCCGUUGUGCGCGUGCAUGACAUCAAACCCUCCAAGCUCGACACGGGGUAUCGGGACGUACGAGUGGACUGCAACUGGGCGGCUUACGAGGACCAAUGCCGCUCGGCCAUGGUCGGCUCGAGGCCUGAUCCGAGCACCCUCCCGCCAGAGAUGAGGCGUGAGCUAGGGCUCGUGGAAGUGGCGCGGCCUGCCGCGGCGCAGUCAUCUGCAGCAGCUUCGCGCGUAACAUUGCCCGAGUAUCUCGUCAGGAAAGCCUGGCCAUCGGUACUGGACGUCUACGAGAAGGAGCAAGCUGAGCGCGCCGCGUCGAAGGGGGAGAAGGGCAAGGCGAAGUCCACAAAGCCAAAGAAGCAGACGAUUAAGGACUCCGGCAACAUGAACAUCCGUCAUUUCAUGACGCAGAUGUCAUCUUCGCAAGCGAGGCCGCACCCCGCGGUCGUGCCGGAGCCGAGCUCGGUCUCCCCGCCGAUCGAGUCUGUCUCAAGACCUACCGGAGCCGCGAGGUCUCCUGUACCUUCCAUCUUUUCUGAGUCGCCAUCUCCGCGUCGGAGAGGGUCAGAGCCUUCUCCGGUGCCGACUUCACCAUCUCCGCCGCCGGUAGAAACGUCAUUUUCGCCGUCACCGCCACCCUCCUCUCGACGACGCGACCAGCCGCGCCUGUUCUUCACAGACAGCGAGGGCUCGGAUUUAGAGGCUGAGUCAGAACGGUGCACGGCUCGGGACUCAGUGCAGGAACGAGGGACUGAACGUGUACCCGAACAUGAGCCGGAACCGGAGCCCGAGUCUGAUCAUGACGACUCGGUCGUUGUCAUCGAAUCUCCUGCGCUUCAAGCGUCUAUUCCGCAAUUGUCUCCAAGCAAGCGCGGCCGCCGGGCGGGCUCUAAGAACAGCUCGUCGCGCUCAACGACGCCCGUGCCGAAGCGUAGUGCCGCCAGCUUCACCCGUGCGGGUUCUACCGGUGAGGGUACGAAGGACGACCCGAUCUCGCUCUCAGACUCGGACGACGAGGACGAGUUCCCGAUGCUCCGCGCUGCUCCAAUUAAAGGCGCACGGCCAAUCCGCACGACUGCCGCUCCCACGUCGUCCAGCGCUGCUUCCAAGCCGAGAAGCCGAGCUACCGCAUCGAAGUCACCACCCAAGCCCAGGUCGCCCCCGAAGACGAAGAAGACGACACCUCUCGCAGCCUCCGCUGCGCCCGCAGAGCAGCAGACGCUCCUGCAGGGCUUCUUCAAGCCGACCGCCAAGGUAGGCGGCGCAGCCGCAUCAGCCUCGAAGCCGAAAGCGAAGCCGAGAAAGGAGAAGAAGGAGAAGUAUAGGGUUGAGGAGAAGGAUGGCGUCGAAGUGUAUCAUUUCCUCUGA